ACACUACAUAGCCAGCGAAAGGCUGCACUCGGUUAGCCACGCCCAUUUUUACUAGCCGUAGUCGACAGUCCAGUUUAAUAAUCAAUAUAUAAAUAUAUAUAUAUAUAUAUGUAUGUUAGAUUAGCAUUGAGCUAACGGAUCAAAUCGAUGCCAUUAUUCAGGAGGAAGUUAUAUAGAGUAUAAAGGAGGUGUGGGACGCGGUGCACUCGGUCUGUGACUCUUUCUGUUUGUUGUGUAGCUGGUAUAAUAAUAAGAAUAAUAAUGUAUCACGCUUUAAAGAAGAUGUUUUUCACCGAGGCUCGGUGUCUGAGCGACGAUGCCACUAAGAGUUUCGAGGCGCUUUUCGACAAGCUGGACGUGAAUAAAGAUGGCAAGGUGGACAUCGCGGAGCUGAGGGCCGGACUGGCCGACAUGGGCUUCUCUCUGGGGGCAGACGCGGCUCAGAAAAUCGUUUCUUCUGGAGACUCGGAUAAAGACGAGCAGCUCGACUUUCUAGAGUUUUCCAACUACCUGCAGGAACACGAGAAAAAGCUCAAUCUGACGUUCAAGAGUCUCGACAAAAACAACGAUGGGCGCAUUGAUUACACAGAGAUUCAACAGGCACUGAAAGAUCUGGGGAUGAACAUAUCAAAGGAAAAAGCCGAAAAGAUUCUUCAAAGCAUUGAUGUAGAUGGCACUAUGACAGUUGAGUGGAACGAGUGGAGGCAGCACUUCCUCUUCAACCCCGCCACUGACCUGGAGGAGAUCAUACGCUACUGGAAACACUCUACUGUGUUGGACAUUGGUGACAGUCUCACCAUCCCAGAUGAGUUCACAGAAGAGGAGAAGACGACUGGUCUGUGGUGGAAGCAGCUGGCCGCGGGUGCGGUGGCGGGGGCGGUGUCACGCACAGGAACAGCUCCCCUGGACCGUAUGAAAGUCUUCAUGCAGGUUCACUCCUCAAAAUCCAACAAAAUCAGUCUGAUCGGCGGGUUCAAGCAGAUGAUUAAAGAGGGCGGAAUCACGUCUUUGUGGCGGGGGAACGGUGUCAACGUGCUGAAAAUCGCCCCGGAAACUGCCAUCAAGUUCAUGGCGUAUGAGCAGUAUAAGAGGCUGCUGUCCUCAGAGGGAGGCAAGAUUAAGACCCAUGAGAGGUUCAUGGCAGGUUCUCUGGCUGGAGCCACAGCACAGACGGCCAUCUACCCUAUGGAGGUGAUGAAGACCAGACUGACGCUGAGGAAAACCGGGCAGUAUUCGGGAAUGUUCGACUGCGCCAAGAAGAUCCUGAAGAAGGAAGGACUGAAGGCUUUUUAUAAAGGCUACAUUCCCAACAUCCUGGGCAUCAUUCCUUACGCAGGAAUCGACCUGGCUGUUUACGAGACCCUAAAGAACACCUGGUUGUCACACUACGCUACCAAUUCCGCUAACCCUGGGGUACUGGUUCUGCUGGGUUGUGGUACCAUCUCCAGCACAUGCGGUCAGCUGGCCAGUUACCCUCUCGCCCUGAUCCGGACACGCAUGCAGGCCCAGGCGUCUGUGGAAGGCUCGGAGCAGGUGUCCAUGACCAAACUGACCAAGAAGAUCUUGGAGAAGGAAGGCUUCUUCGGCCUGUACCGCGGCAUUUUACCCAACUUCAUGAAAGUGAUUCCUGCCGUCAGCAUCAGCUACGUGGUGUACGAGUACAUGAAGACUGGGCUAGGCAUUUCCAAAUGAGGUGUAUGUGGGGGCGGGGUUAAGUUGCUGGGGCGGAUGUAAAAGCACGUAUCGGGGUAAUAGUGUUGCGAAGUGAUAUGAACCAAAGUACAUCAACAUCUGGAAGGCAAUAGUGUGUGUUCUAAGUGUAACUGAAUACAAACACAGCCGUUUUCCAAUAAUUCAUAGUGAUAAGAUCUAAUCCAGAGAUUCUACUGGAGCUGGAUAUAUGAACACAUAUAUCUUUUGAAAAUAGAAGAUUUUAUAUCUAACAUUUUGGGAUGGAUUCCAACCUUAAGGGGAUUUAUUACAUUUGGGGUAAAAUGGCCAAAUAUAGGUUUUACAUUUAAAGAUACUUAGUUUAAUGUGUAACGAAUGCCACUUAUUCACAGCCAAAUUGUCCACGUCCUCCACUCAUUAAAGCCUGACUCCGUUCCUCAGAUCUGUCAGCUGCAGGAGUUUAAUCAUUCAGACCUUGUGCAGCAAUGAAGCAUUGUUUUUACGUCCUUUAAAAAAAUAAAAUCAGUCCAAUCUUCUCAGGUUUACACUUUUUGUAAGGUUAAUGCAGUCAAUUCUAAUCGCCAAAGUUUACACAAAGUCUGGAGAUCUGCCCUUGCUUGGCUUUCCUCCAGUGUUUAGUGUUUGUACUCUGUGAUAUAUAUAUAUCUAAAAAGAGAGAUAUUUGUCCAUGCACUUAUCAAUUAGCAUUUUGCACAAAGAAAAAAUGUGCCUUAUCGUUUUACACAGAUCCGAAUUUCAUUUGCAGGCUGUUAUCAGAAAAUCCUGUUUACAUUGAAUAUUUCAAUAAACCUGGUGUGUGUUUCAUUUUCA